AUGCCCCUCUCGUUCCUUGAUUGGGCGCUAAGAGCUGUCCCGUUCUCGCAGGAAGUUGUUCCUGCCGGCAGUGUCUCCGUUGUACUCCUAGCCGGCGGGGUGGGGAAAAGAAUGGGGGCGUCCAUGCCGAAGCAGUAUCUGCCCAUACGAGGCCAACCCAUAGCGCUCUACAGCCUGGCCCUGUUUGCAUCUCUGAAGGAAGUUGGCGAGAUCAUCGUGGUCUGUGAUCCUUCUUAUAGACAACUUUUCGAAGAUGCGAUCCAGAAGUCGGGGCGGACGCUCCAGUGGGCCAGCCCGGGGAAGGAGCGGCAAGACUCCGUGUUCAACGGACUACAGGAGGUCCGCACGUCUGCGGGGCUGGUGUGCGUGCACGACUCGGCGCGGCCGUUGCUGACGCACGAGGAUGCGCGGCGCGUGUUCCGGGACGGGCUCCGGCAUGGGGCGGCCGUGCUCGGGGUGCCCGUCAAGCAGACCAUCAAAGAGGCAAAGGCGGGUGGCUUUGUGGCGCGCACGCUGAACCGGUCGCUGCUGUGGGAGAUGCAGACGCCGCAGGUCAUCAAGCCCGACCUGCUGCGCCGCGGCUUCGAGCACGUGCGCAGAGAGGGUCUGGAGGUGACGGAUGACGUGUCCAUCGUGGAGUACUUGAACGCCCCCGUCAAGAUCACCCAGGGCUCCUACACAAACAUCAAGGUGACGACUCCGGAGGACCUGCUGCUGGCGGAGAAGCUGAUUGCGGAGGCGGAGGAGCAGCGCGCGCAACGGCCGCUCGCGAGCGGAGUGGAGGCCGUGCACGUUGCCGACCUCACGCUGCAACAGGUCUAGGCCCCGAAGACAGGCGGGCACGAGAGCAGCGGUCUUGCUGAACAGGAAAGGAGCUCGAAGAGAGGCUCAAGAAACUGAUCGCAUUCGAUCAGUGGAGAAACUCUCACUUCCGACCGCAGAUGCUUCCUGAUCUUUAUGUGUUGUAGCGAAAAGCUGGCAAGCACGGGCAUUUAGCAACACUGUCACCUGGAGUAUGGAGUGCGGCCGUCCAAAUCUGCCGCGCAUGCGUGCGGUCCCUGUGAUUGCCAAUAUGUUGGUUGAACAACACCCAUUAUGUAAGUUGCGCUGAGCCUGCGUAUGCUUUUGGAAUUAUAAAGGAAUUGGUUGACGCAGAUUGUACAUACAGGUACGAAGUGGCACUUGCAUCACAC